AUGGGUCGUGGUCGAAGUCGGAGUGAAAGUUCUAGCAAAAGUCGUAGCCGUAGUCGUAGUCGAAGUCCUAAUAGUGGUCAUCGUGGUCGUAGUCAUAGCAGGCGACGUGGUCGUACGAGAAGUCGAAGCCAUCACCAUGAUCGUCGAAGCAGAAGUCGUUCGAGUGAUCGAGAAACGACAGAUUUGUUGAAACUUUGUUGGAAACCACUAAAAGAUGAUUCAAGAAAUUUUGAUGCUUGGACUCAUCUUCUGCAGUACAUCGAACAACUUGAUGAAACAAAAGCUGCUCGUGAAGCAUAUGAUGACUUUUUUAAGAGAUACCCGUAUUGCUACGGAUAUUGGAGAAAAUAUGCUGAAUUUGAACGUCGUCAUAAACACUACGAUCGCUGCACUGAGGUUUAUGAACGUGGGGUCACGGCUAUACCACUGAGUGUUGAUCUUUGGCUUCAUUACAUUGCUUUCAUUAAAGAAAUCGUUCAACAUCAAGAGAAUGCAGUGCAGAAGACCAGAGUAAUUUAUGAUCAUGCAAUCGAAGCAUGUGGUAUGGAAUUUCGUUCAGAUAAGCUGUGGGAUGAAUAUAUUAACUGGGAGUUAAGUAAUGGUGAAACUGUACGAGCCGGAGCACUUUUUGAUCAGAUAUUAAGCAUACCCACUUUGCUCUACAGUAACCAUUUUGAUAAAUAUAAGACCUUCGUGAAUUCAAACGAGCCAGAUCGAGUAGUAAGUCAAGAUGAAUACAGUGAAAUUUUUGCAAAAGUUGAACCAGAUUUGCAUAAUGUCGUUGAUGGUGAUCUAUUUCUUUUAGAAGAUUGCGUCGAUGAUUCUCCACCGGAUUACAUUCCGGAAAAUGGCGAGGAGCCACCGAAAAAGAUUUUUACGAGACGCAAGCAUUGUGAAGAAGCCUUACGUGUUUUACGUGCAGAAAUACUCGAACGACGGAAUAAAAAAUAUUUAUUGAAUGAACAGGAAGUUAGUCGACGUUGGGCGUUUGAAGAGAAUAUAAAACGACCAUAUUUUCAUGUAAAACCACUGGAGCGAGCUCAAUUACGUAAUUGGCGUGCUUACCUUGACUUUGAAAUUGAGUGUGGUGAUAUCACACGUAUCAUUAUUCUAUUCGAAAGAUGUCUAAUCGCUUGUGCUUUGUAUGAAGAAAUGUGGAUUAAGUAUGCUCGUUACGUGGAGAGUAUUGGAGAAUCCAGCCGUGCUCGCAGUAUUUUUCGUCGAGCAACCGAAGUUCACUUACCUCGCAAACCGAAUGUUCAUCUUGCCUACAGCGCCUUCGAAGAAAAAAAUGGUGAUUUUGAGAAGGCCAAUUCGAUUUUGGCAAAUUUUGAUCAUCGCUAUCCAGGAUAUGCUGUUAUUGCACUACGUAGGAUUGGGAUCGAGCGGCGCUUUGCGAUAAGACAAGCGGGAGAUAGGGAUUCUCCGGACUAUUCUUCUGUGAUAUCACGUUUUGAGCGUCUCAUACAUGAUUCACGUACUCCUCGUAAACUGUCUGCAUUUUAUGCCCUAAAACUGGCAAGAUUUCAUGCCAAAACACGGAAUGAUCGCAAACUUGCUGAAAAAAUCAUCAGAGAUGCAAUAAAUCGUGAUAAGAGCAAUCCACAGCUUUACCUGGCGCUGGUUGAUUUGGCUUAUACUGCACCAGUAUUCAAUGAACGAAGUGUGAUCGAAGCAUUGAAUGAAGUUCUUGAAAGUGACCAACUUUCUGAUGAAGAUAAAUUGCGUUUCUCACAAAGAAAGCUGGACUUUUUGGAGGACUUGGGAACAGAUGUUGAAGCCCUCCAAAAGCACUUAGAAUAUCACACACAACUUCAAAAAAGUAUUGAGAAUGUUGCUGUAUCAAACAAAAGAGCUGCUGAUGUGAGAGGUUCUGGUGAUCCACUUGACAAAAAAAUGCGAACCGCUGCAUGCUAUACGGCAUAUCCAACUCACCAACAGCAACAGUACUAUGCAGCUGCGCCGAGCACAGAUAAUGGUAUAACGGUAGUAGGAGCAGCAUAUGGAACAAUAGCAGCACCACCGACAGCAGCAACAGCAGCAGCAACGGCAGCAGCCGUAGCUACAGUCGGCCAACAGCAGCCACAGUUAUCCAACACAACUCAGUACUAUUAUCCCGGACAACAACAGCCACCAACCAUAGUUCAACCGGUUCCUGUUUUAACAACAAUUCAACCGAACUAUGUUCAGCAGUAA